GGGGCUCAACUAGAGGGGGGUCCGAGGGCUCCGGUAGGGAACCAAAGCGUCUCAGGGAGCCCGGUUCUGCUGGAUGGUACAAGAGGCUCUAAGAAGGACGCGGCCUCAGCGACUCGGAGGGAGCGCUGUGCCUCCGUUAUGUCUCAGUUAGUCCUUGUAUUUCUUAUGUCUGAGGUGUCUUCCGCCCGUCCCGAUGCCGCCCGAGCCCAUUCCCACUAUGCGAGCGUGAGCGCGAGCCCCAACCUCAGCCCUAUCCUCCCUGAGGACUCCCUGCUCACUCCCCCACUUUCCCCUAAGGCUCCCCUGCACCUGGCCGACUCCCCACAGCCACACCAACCUUCCCACCCUGAGUCCGCCUCCGGCAUCCGCCGCUACGAUACCAUCGCCACUAUCGCGGCCCUACGCUCUUUCCUUUAUUUAUCUGUUAUUGUUUGUUUUGACCCUCGGUCAUUGCCGGCCGCUAUGCGGCCAACCCCGCUCCUUAUCCUUGUUUGCUUCCGGACCCUUCGGCCUUCGGCCCGGGUCCUCCGCUUCCAUUCAUUUCUUCCUCCUAUAUAUAUCCUGUAUACUACAUUAUAG